GCAAAUACGCGCGGAUUUCUAUAAACUGUACAAAACCCCUUAAGAGACGCAAUUUGUUUGCGGAAAAAUUUCGGUAAAGAAAAGUACAUAAUUCAGCGAGUAAAGAGGGCUCAAAGUUUCAAAAUUAAAAACUUCGCUUAAGAAUUGGCGUUUGAGCAAGAAUUGAUGGAUUAGGUACCAGAAGAAAAAGCGAAAACAUUUUAAUCAAGUCGGUGAAAGUAUUUCACACGAACAUCUGACGCCCACCGAUACAAAAACUAUACUCCCAAACAAAGCGUUAACAUAAUGUUAAGUUCGCUCGAUGCUUUAGCCGGGAAAAUAUCACCUGGUUCUGGUAAGAAUAGUCCGCCCCAGCAGACACAGCCACAACAGCAUCAAAGCAAUAGCAACCAGACAUCAGCGACGCAUAUUGCACAGCAACAACUACAGCAGCAGCAAUCGACCACCAUUACCUGCCAAUUACAACAACCACACCUGCCAGCGACAAGAGAACAACACCAGCGUUUCAAUGGGAAUCACCAUAAUGCACUGGAUAGCAACUGCAAUAAAUUAUGUCACAUCAGUCACAACAGCACACACCCAUACCAGAAACAAUUGCCUGCUCAACACAAUCAACAACAAAUGCAAAACAAUUGUCAGCAGCAGCAAGAAUUGCAACAACAGCAACAUGAGCUGUUCCAGCAGCAUCAAACAUUUCUACUCCAUCCACAGCUAUCGCCAGAGGAAUCCGAUCCACAGCUGGAUUUCCGUAGUUGCCUGAAGGAGAAUGUAUUUGGUAUGAGUGAUAAAAGCAGUAUCACUAACAGCCUUCCCAAUAGUCCUAUUCAUACUUCCACGUCGGCCAACAACAAUAACAACAGCAGCAUUAACGGAAAUAAUGGCUGCAAUAAGAGUCCAACUCUGCUCAAGAAUAGCAAUAGCAACAGCAGCACAGGCCUUAUCAACGGCAGCAACAACAAUGGACCACCAAGUCUGUGUAAUGCCAAUGGCAACAAUAACAACAACACAUGCAGUGCCAAUCGUAACGUUCUCGACAAUGAAUCACCAUGCUUCCGCAUGGAUGCCGACGUGCCGUUCGGCGAGAAAGAGCCCGACCCAGACAAUAUCAAAAUGUUUGUUGGGCAAGUGCCAAAAUCCAUGGAUGAAGCACAAUUGCGUGAAAUGUUUGAGGAGUAUGGUCCAGUACAUUCAAUAAAUGUACUGCGCGAUAAAGCGACUGGAAUCAGUAAAGGUUGUUGUUUUGUGACAUUUUAUACACGUCGCGCUGCCUUAAAAGCCCAAGAUGCUCUGCAUAAUGUAAAAACGUUAAACGGGAUGUAUCAUCCUAUUCAAAUGAAGCCAGCGGAUAGCGAAAAUCGAAAUGAACGGAAGCUGUUUGUUGGAAUGCUGAAUAAGAAGCUAAACGAGAACGACGUACGGAAAUUAUUCGAAGUUCACGGCCCCAUCGAGGAGUGUACGGUGUUACGUGAUCAGAGCGGCCAAAGUAAGGGGUGUGCCUUUGUUACAUUUGCAACUAAACACGCAGCGAUAUCAGCGAUAAAAUUGACUUUGAAUCAAAAUAAAACAAUGGAGGGCUGCACUUCCCCGCUUGUUGUGAAAUUCGCUGAUACGCAGAAGGAGAAGGAGCAGAAGAAAAUACAGCAAAUUCAAGCAAAUCUUUGGAAUUUAGCAUCAAACAUAAAUAUACCAGUAGGUCAGACUUCAACCACCGUUUCAACCCCAGUACUUGCGAAUCCGCCACAGCAGGCGAGCCCAGUAUUGGGGCCCGAGGCUAUUACACCGGCGUCCUUGCAAUUGAUUCAACAGUUGCAAGCGGUUGGACUGCAACAACAACUGCUGCAAGGUUUGUGCGCCCAAACGAGUACCACGGACACAGCAACUGCUGCCGCCGCCGCAGCUGGACUGUUACCACCGAUGACGAUACAAAAUUUGGCCGCCAUCGCGGCCAUGACACAACCCUCUCUAAGCAACGCUGCCACUAACCCGGGAAGUGCGCAUAUAACAAAUACAGCAGCUCUGUUAUGGUCUGAUCCGAACCCGUUAACGUCCGCGUAUAGUAUGUCACCGGCAGCUGGAUUGCCACAAUUCGGUAGCACCACAUUAUCGGCCUCGCCACUGACCAGUAUGGCAUUAAGUAGUGCCGCAGCUGCAGCGGCUGGCAAACAAAUCGAAGGUCCUGAAGGAUGUAAUUUAUUCAUCUAUCACCUACCACAAGAAUUCACCGAUACUGAUUUGGCAUCAACUUUUCUUCCAUUCGGCAAUGUCAUUUCCGCCAAAGUUUUCAUAGAUAAGCAAACCAAUCUUUCCAAAUGUUUCGGUUUUGUAUCUUUCGAUAACCCGGAAUCAGCGCAAGUGGCCAUCAAAGCAAUGAAUGGUUUUCAAGUGGGCACUAAGCGUUUGAAGGUGCAGUUGAAGAAACCCAAGGACGCUUCGAAGCCUUACUAGGAUAGGUACCCAGUACGUGGACGUAAAUCACUGGGAUAGUAAAAUUACGACCACUUACUAAUGAAACAACAAACUAAAAAUUAAAUAUAAGAGAGGGUAAUGAUAACUUUUUGAACUAACUGAAUUGAAAUUGACUGUGCAGCAUAAAACAAAUGUUUACCUAUUAGCGCUGUACUGCAACAAAUUUAAAUGCAUAAACUCAUCCACACAAUUAUAUUUUUUAUAAGUACUGUACGUAUACACUUGUAUAUGCUUGAAUUUGUUUUUGAAUUAAUGUGUAUUUUUGGAAGCUUAGCUCUGUUUGAAAAUAAUUCUUGCUCAAUCUUAACAUACUUAAAUACAUAUAUUUGCUUACAAAGCAUAUCUUAACAAGAUAAAGUUAAAUGAAUUUUAUGUUGAAUUUUUAAUAUACAUAAAGCUUAGUAUACAGCUCUCAAUAAUAAUCUGAAGCAAUAUUUCUCAUUAUUUUUGUGUUGCCUGAAAAAGUACUUUGCCGCUGCUGUAAAUUUUCUUGGCGAAAUAAAUUUAAGUGUAUUUUUCCAAAGUACGUUUCGAAAUUUAGCUACCCUUCAAACACAUUUUUUCAGAACAUAGUUUGUUUUUAAAAUGAGGUUAAAUUUUAAAACCUAAAAUGGCCCUAAAAGCAUAUUUUUCUUAAGAGCUCUAAGCUGAUUUAUGAAAUUUUGAUAAAAGAAAUUUCGUAUUUCUUGGAAACGUUUUGCUUACUUUUGGAUAGAUUUUAAGUUAUCUGUAGGCAUAGGUGGUUUGAAGUUUUCAGUAACCUGAAUUGUUGUUAACUUAUCAAUUUGAACCAAUAUAAUAAUUUUACGAAGCUGAAUUAAAAUGUUGUCCGUGGCCUUUGAGCCAAAAGGCUCCAAAUGUGUAGCCUUUUUUAGUAAUACAUACUUAAAUGUAUGGGUUCAGCGAAAUUUGAUUUUGUCACAUUUGAUACAGAUAAAAAUAAAUUUUUAAUUGUGUGGAAGUAAGACAAAUUCAACAUCCACGUUUUAUAAUUUUCGGGCAAGGCCUCAACAUGAAUGGAAAUUACUAUCGAAAAACCUAUAAACAAAACACUUAAACAAAAUUUUGUGGUAUAAAUAUUUGAGCAUGCUAUUGAUUGUUUAAUUAUAUAUUGUAUUUAGUUUCAGAAAUCUUAUUAACUAUAUAUGUAUGUAUAUGUAUAUAAUUAGUUUGAACCAAAAGACAUUUUUUAUUAAACUAAAUGAUAAUUUAUUUUCAAAUAAAUACAUUUUAAAAACUUGAAACAAUAAAAAUAUUGUAUAUGAAUAUUGCAUAUACUGCAUUUGUUAAAAGCCCCUAGUUUGAUGAAAUUGUUAGUUUUUGUUUCAAAUUAAGAUAUUUCUGGAAUUGGUAAAUUUAGGCCAUUAUUGUUUUUUAAUUUUUUAAUAUGGACAAUCUAACAUACAUAGAAAAUAUCUUGCAGAGAAGAAUACAUAGUUCAUUGGCUUUAUAAUUAUAAUUAAUAAAUAGAUAGAUUGCGAUAAAUAGAUUGCGUAUAUGUAUAGUAAAUCGAGAAACUAUCUAAAUUUAAGUGGCGGUAGAAAAUAUUCUCUCUGCACUAACGAAAAGUAGAAAUAGGUACACUGGCUGUUAAAAGUUGGAAAUUAGUAGAUAUGCACUACUCCACGACAAAUUUAUUUCUCCGUGGGAUAUUUGCAUACAAAUGUUUACACACAUUUUAUAAAAACCUAUUUACGUCUUACACAUUUUAAUUGUACCACUGCUUACGGUUGUAUGUAUUUAGUCAAAUGUUUCUUUCUUUUUAUAUAAAUACAUAUCCAUAUAUAAACUCCAAGCGUAUGUUCAUACAUACACACAUUUACUAGUAAGGUACUCCGUACAUUACGAGCCUAAUCAUAGCAAAGUAAAUAAGCCUUUCAUCAUGCCGGAACAAAUAUGUAUAUGACCACUCGACUUCUGCACAAUUUUUUACUAUGCUAUAUUAACCGUACACUUGCUCUGACCUUCUUCAGUCAACUAUACAAGACUAAACACAAUUAGUGUCAAUAAAAUUUUAUU